CCGCCUUCCCGCCCAGCUGUUGCAAUGCGUUCCUUCGUGAGGAGCCAUGGAAGAAGACCUUGAGCCGUCUUUGUGAUAGGCAAAGGAGAUCCCAAAGAUGCUUUGUCAGGAGGCAACUGGACUUUCUUGUUUUUCUUUGAAGGCUUUAGCUGCUCAUCCAGAUUUGCUUAAUGACUGGGCGACUCACUUAACUGCAGAGAUUAUCUGAAGAAUUGCUUCAAGAAAGAAAGAACAGCCGAGAGAUAAAGAAGGAAGACUCUGUUGCACACAUCUUGCCCCACUUGUGUGUCUGCGUGGAAGACCCCCCUUUCUGACUGAUUGGCUGACUUUUGCAGAGGUCCCAAGGUUGGCUAGGUGGUUGGUUGCCAGCCUGGCGGCCCACAUCUAUGUCUCACCUCAAGAAUGUGGAAGCUCGGAUCCUGCAGUGCCUCCAGAACCGAUUUGUGGCCCGCUACGUGCCUCUCCCGAACCAGGCCAAAAUCUGGACCAUCUCGCUGUCACCACAAUGGGGCAAGGGUCGUACCCCUUUGGUGAUGGUGCACGGCUUUGGGGGUGGCAUCGGGCUUUGGAUCCUCAACCUGGACUCGCUGAGCCACCGCCGUCCCCUCCACGCCUUUGACCUCUUGGGUUUCGGGCGCAGCUCCCGGCCCCCGUUUCCCCAUGACGCCCAAGGGGCUGAGGAAGCGUUUGUGAGCUCCAUCGAGGCCUGGCGUGAGGAGAUGGGCAUCCCCAACAUGAUCUUGCUUGGCCACAGUUUGGGCGGGUUCCUGGCAGCCUCGUACAGCUUGCAGUACCCAGAGAGGGUGAAACAUCUAAUCCUGGUGGAUCCUUGGGGCUUCCCCACACGGCCAUCCGAUCCAGCUCAGGUCCGAACUGCUCCAACUUGGAUCAAGGCUGUAGCGACUGUGUUAGGACGGUCCAACCCUCUGGCUGUCCUCCGAGUUGCAGGACCUUGGGGUCCUGGGCUGGUCCAGCGGUUCCGUCCAGAUUUUAAGCAGAAAUUUGCCAAAUUUUUUGAUGACGAUACCAUCUCUGAAUACAUCUAUCACUGCAAUGCCCAGACACCGAGUGGGGAGGCAGCGUUCAAGGCCAUGACCGAAUCCCUAGGAUGGGCCCGCCGUCCCAUGUUGGAACGCAUCCACAUGAUCCGGCGUGACUUGCCCAUCACCCUCAUCUACGGAGCCAAUUCCUGGAUCGAUACCAGCACUGGGGAGAAGGUCAGGGACCUACGACCAGGGUGCUACGUUAAUGACAUGGCCAUCCCUGGAGCCUCCCACCACGUCUACGCUGACCAACCCAGGGCCUUCAACGCUGCAGUGGAACAAAUCUGCAAUGCCGUGGACUGACCGCCGAAGCUGGAGUGGAAAAAUAGUUUCUAUCCUUGCCAACUUAUUGCUCAGCUGCGGGGAAGACGAAGAAGGCACACGCCACUUUCCGUGCCCCCGGGGGAGCUGAAACUGAAAUCCCCGUGGAUCUGACUGCAGAUGGAUCUCCGGGGAUCUCUGCUGUCCAGCCUGCACUCCCUCCCUCCCUCCCUCUUGAUUUCCC